AUGGAACACUUUAGCAAUCCUUGCGUUAGGAAAAGCGUCCAAAUACCUAACCUUUGGAGUGUUGUGGAGGAGGGCAACAAGAGCGUACAAACUCCGAAUCUACGCACUCCCAAUCUCCGCGCACCACAGGUGGUUCCAAAAGAAGAGGAGAAGGACAAUGUGAAAUUCCAGUUUCAUAACUUCACAGUUAAUACAAUGGCCAUGGAAUUAACAGAGCGACAAGGCUCGUCCUCGAGGGGGAUCUCUGUCGCACGUGUCUCACGCGAUAUCAUACCCAUUCAGCCCAGAGCUCUAUCGAGCUCCUCAGACCUUACAAUCCACUCGUUCAAUCCACUUUGUUUGGAUCUCACUACCUUGUCGACUCGCUUCCCAUAUGACCCCUCCUCAGCUCAUGCAAGAAUCUCACCCAAAGCGGAAAUCAGCAGCUCAUCUCAAAACGAGUUGACAAGCAACUUCAAUGUCGAUUUUGUUGGUUGUGGACCAUCACCUAAACCAGAACAUUUUAGCAAGCUUGUACUAAAAGCUGAACCGCUUGAGGAAAGCUUUCUCACUCGAUCAAAAACUUUAGAGGAUCUAUAUUUAAUCAAAGAUGGCAAUCCUAUGGAUAUUGAUCUCGAGGCUGAAGAGGCCACUUCCGGGCCGUACUAUUCAAGUCAAAACACGACAAAAACAGACAACUCUGAGAUGGAGGUUUCGCCCCGAGCCAUCCUGAGCCCGGAGUGCAACUUCAUCAACAUUAAUGAUCUUCUAAGUGCUUCCACUACCGGAUAUGUGUUGUCUCUGCCUUUGAAUGGAAUCAAAGAAGAGGCACUUGAGACCAUAGGUCUGACAGGUAUAGAUGACCAAGAAGACAUAUAUGAAAUUCUAGUAUUUCCAGUCAGUUGGUUUAACAGCCCGUAUAGGCGACUGUGUCGAAGAGAGAAGGGAUGGAGAGAAGAACGGAAUUGGUCUGUCAAAGUCAUCAAUAAUCCAAUUCCCCGUAACCUCGCUCUUUCUACCCCAGCCCAUCCAGGUCAGGCUCGGCAGCACAAUGGCCUGCGGCACGGCCAAUCGCCUUGCGAUCUUUCUCACAUUAUCAAACACGUUCCCGUAGCCGCGCGGCUGCGCCCCAAUUGGACGGUUCAGAGUGAAACCACUGCUCUGAUUAAGCAGCUGGUGAUCCUUGGGGAACAGAUAUAUAAUAUGCUCAUAAAUUUAUCAUCCCAAUUCGAAAUACUUCAAAAAAUGGCUAGCUCCAGUACUAGCUACGAGCUGGGGGACCUCGUUAACGGAGCCUGGACACAGUGCGCCACGGCGGCUGGCCAGGACUAUUACAACAACAAGCAGACUGGAGCUAUUCAAUAUGCAAUCCCGGCUGGCUGGGAGGACCACCCCAACCCGCUUGAUACCUCAAAGUCCUGGAGGCAAUGUAAUGUUUUCGUUCUCCACAUGCAUUUGGACGUCGUCAAAACUCAUAUUAAGACCGUCGAAGAAACACCUGACUCUCCUGAGUAUCUGUAUCGAAGGGUUAUGAAAGCCGUCCUACAAGAGAUUUUCAGGAUAUCUGAGGGAUUCGAUGUUACUCAAGAAGAGAGACGAGGACAACACGGGGCAUCGUCAAUCCUGGAUUUUGCGGUGCUCAAAAUUACCUCUCGUCCUGGGGGGAUCCAAGAAAGCCGGGUCACCGUGGCCUGGGACGGAGGACCAGUUAAGCCUCCAUUGCCAAGAGACGGACAACCCCCCUCGAAGGUCUUCGGCACCGUCUACGUUGGAAUGCAUAUACAAGUAUACACAGCGGACAAGAGGGCUCUCACCGCGAAGUCAGGUCGCAUGCACUUGCGAAACGACGCUGACCAAGUCACCGGUUGGCUGAAUUACAUGAAAGAGAAUCCACUCCCGUUUAUAUGA